AAUGGAUUCAACCAUAUGAAAAAUCAUAUGAAUGGUUGAAAACACAAUGCAAAGACAUCAAUCUAGUAAAUGAAGUAUUGGAAUGUGCGAAAAAAACCGUGGUCGAACAAUAUAAAAUUGGGAAAGAAGCUGAAGAGUCGGAUCGUAGCUUUAUAUCUGUGAUUAAAAAUAAAGAAGUUAUAAAAGAACAAGAGAAAAACGAAGAACAGAGGGAAAAGAAUAUUGCCUUGAAUAGGGAUAAAAUUACUCGUACAAAAACCAUUAUCAUAAGGAAAACGAUCACUGUCCAGAUUAUCAAAGAAUGCUUCACACAUCGCACGCAAAAGGGAAAUUAUACUUUAAAUCAAGAUGUCGCAAAGCUUCUCGGUUACGAGUCCGUAAAAUCUUUAGAACUUGCAUUAAAAUUGCACUUUAUCUCAAAAGAUAUUGCGGAAUUACAUCAAGAUAUUUUAAUUACUGCAAUAAUAUUGUGGUACUUCCGUUUGGUUGCCGUCGAUUAUCGCGAUCAUUGGUCCGCUGAAUACGAAAAAUCCUAUGUAUGGUUAAGCUCACAGGUGGCAAAUAAAGACAUUGAGUUGAAACUUAUGGAAUCUGCAAGAUUAUUCGUUGAACAAAAUUAUAAUGUCGAAGAAGAAGCUAAAGAGUUAGACUAUGAUUAUCAAGAGGGUAUAAUUAAACCAAAAGAAAAGGAUGAAGAAAUCUUUGCGGAAAAAAUAGUCGAACAAAAAGAAAAGGAAGGACCCGUUACAGAAGAUACGAAGUCGUGGACUAAGAAAGCACUUUCUACUAUUUUUGGAAGACCACAUGCAUCUAAUAGGAGCCUUGAAACGCAUAUUGAAAAUGCACUCGUCUCUGAUGUUGAUGACCACGAUCAUCAUGAAAAAGAGGUCGCCUUAACUACUGCUCGAUCAAAUGUUACUGUCGAAAAAAUCAAAUUUAUUACAACAAAACAAAAAAACAAUGGAUGCUUUGAUCUAAGCGAAACUCUAAUCAAAGAGUUAAAUGUUCCUGCAAAAGAGGUUGUGACAGAUGUUCAAACAUAUUCUACAAAUGAAAAAUUAAAGAAACCCGAAUCAGCGUCUUGGUGGACAACCGCAUUAACUCUUGGUUAUCUUAAGAAUGCUGCAUCUCAACAUGAAGGAGAAUGGAGGGAUAAGUAUAAUAAAGCACGAGAAUACCUUACGGCACAGAUUGGCGAUGCGGAAGCCGAAAAAGAGUUAAUCGAGAUUUCAGAAAAAUAUGUAAUUAAGAAAGUCAUUAAAAAGGUUACUGUAGAGAAAAAGAGAACAGCCAUAGUUGCGAUUCGGGAAUCAACCACUCCAGAAGUUAUUGAAUCAGUUAUUUCUAAACAAGGGGACGAUGGUGCAUUCGAAAUUAACGAAACAGUUACAAAAGAACUUGAUGUCUCCUCAUCUGAAGAUCUUAUAUCUUUGGCUCAAAGCACAACAUCUAGCGAUGCUAUUAAAUCAUCUGAUUCAUCCGUAUGGAAGACCGCUCUUAUGAUUGGAUAUCUUCAGACAGUUGCUCCUCAUCAUGAACACAUCUGGAAAGAAAAGUACAACAGAGCCCGAGAGUAUCUUCACAGCAAACUUAAUAAUCCAGAAUUAGAAGAAGAGGUUAUUAGGAUCUCUACUAAGGUUGUUGUUAAAAAGACGACCGAAAAGGUAGUAAAAGAGCAAAGAAAGGCUGCAGUAGAGGUCAUUCAAUCGGCUACAACACCGGAGGUCCUUCAUUCUGUGACGUCCGAGCAGAAAGAAGACGGUUGUAUUCAUUUAAGCGAGACCACACAAAAAGCAUUAAACAUUCCAUCAACCGAAACUCUAGUAACAACCGUGCAAAAAUAUACUACCAAUGAAAAACUGAAGAAACCCGAAUCAACAUCUUGGUGGACAACUGCCGUAAAUCUUAGCUAUCUCAAAAAUACUGCUACUCAACAUGAAGGAGAAUGGAAGGAAAAAUAUAAUAAAGCUCGUGAAUAUCUCUCUACUCAAAUUGGAGAUGACGAUACAGAAAAGGAAUUAUUAGAAAUCACCGAUAAGUAUGUUGUUGAUAAGAUAACACAUAAAGUCAUCGAAGAUCACAAACAAGAAGUAAUUACUAUUGAAAAGGAAAAGAAGGAAAAGAGAGAUAACAUUCUUGGAAAUAUUACUGGUGGUUUAACGGCCAUAUAUAAAACUACUACAGAUACCGUCAAAGAUCUUGGAAAACACGUUGAACAAGCUCUUACUUUUGAUACAGAUGAUCAUGAUCAUCAGGAAAAAGCUGCCGCCUUAAUUGUUGUUCAAUCAAAUACCACACCCGAAAAAACUAAAUCGAUUGUUACAAAACAAAAAAAUAAUGGAUGCUUCGAAUUAAGCGACACAGUAGUUAAAGAAUUAGAUGUUCCUGCAAAAGAAGUUGUAACUACAGUUCAGACGUACACCACAAAUGAGAAGUUAAAGAAACCCGAAUCAACAUCUUGGUGGACAACAGCAUUAACUCUUAGUUAUCUCAAGAAUGCCGCAUCUGAACAUGAAGGAGAAUGGAGAGAGAAAUACAAUAAAGCACGAGAAUAUCUUACCGCACAAAUUGGAGAUUCCGAAGCCGAAAAAGAAUUACUUGAUGUUACUGAUAAAUAUGUAGUAGAUAAAGUUACAAAGAAAGUUAUUAUUGAGAAAAAGAAAACCGCGGUAAUUGCCAUCCAAUCAUCUACAACACCUGAAACAGUUGAGACGGCUACAUCUACUCAAAAAGAUGACGGUUCAUUCGAAAUUAGUGAAACUAUUACAAAAGAACUUGAUGUUACAUCUUCCGAAGAUCUAGUUACUUCAGCUCAAAAAGUUUCCAAGAAUGAUAAACUUAAAGAAGUUGACUCUUCUGUCUGGAAAACUGCUCUUACUCUCGGAUACCUUAAUACAGCAGCACCUCAUCACGAAAAUGGAUGGAAAGAUAAGUAUAAUAAAGCACGAGAAUAUAUUAGUUCUAAACUUAACAAUCCCGAAUUAGAAGAAGAAGUCAUUAAAACAUCAAACAAAGUAAUAGUUGAAAAAACAACAGAGAAGAUAAAUAAUGAACAUAAGAAUGCGGCAAUUUCG